AUGAUCCCUACUCCUUUUGUUGAUGUUAUUGUUAUUGGCGCUGGCCUCAGUGGCCUCCAAGCAGCUGUAGACCUCGACAAGGCUGGCCUCUCUUACAUCGUCCUCGAAGCCAAUGAUCGGGUCGGUGGCAAAACUCUCUCUGCCCCGGCGUCUCCCAAAAGCGAUGGACUGGUCGAUCUGGGUGCUGCGUGGAUAAAUGACAGCAACCAGAAAGAGAUGUACGCCUUGGCUCAAGACUUUGGCUUCGAGCUUAUCGUCCAGCGCACCGAAGGACUGUCACUCGACCAGUCGAACGGAACUACGCAUGCCAUUCCCUAUGGACAGUUUGGAAAUUUUACUGAUGAGCAACUCGCUGAGAUUCUUGCAAUCAUGGCGAAGCUGCAAGAAUAUGUUGAUCGAUCCAGCCUUGAACAUCCUCAUCUCGGGCCAGAAGCCAAGAAGCUUGACGCCAUGACAGCGUUAGACUUUGCCAGCAAUGAAUUCGGGGAGGGCAUCGCCGAGGUUCUUGUGACAAUACUAGCGCGCGAUCUUCUGGGUGUCGAACCGGGCGAGCUCAGUGCCUUGUUCCUCAUCAACUACAUCAAGAGCGGAACUGGUCUGGCAAAUAUAUCGUCCGACACCAAGGAUGGAGGCCAAUAUCUGCGUAAUCGCCAGGGUAAUGAGAUGUUCGCAGUCAAGCUAGCUGCCAAACUCGACAAGAAGAAAAUUAAGCUCAACUCGCCCGUGGUCAAGAUCAUCCAAAACAAGAAGGGAUGCACUGUCAAAACGGAGAACGGUGACAAAUACCAUUCUAAGAAAGUAAUCCUUUCGGUUCCGACAUCCCUCUACCCCAAAAUCGACUUUAAGCCUCACCUUCCGCUGGCCAAGAGAGAGAUUGCUGACUCUACUAAACUCGGCUAUUACUCAAAGUCUAUCUUGGUGUUUGAUGAACCCUGGUGGCGUAAUGCCAAUCUUUCUGGUGUACUGACAUCUAUGGAUGGUCUCAUCUCAUUCACCCGUGAUACCUGCGUUCCUGAGGAUAAGCAGUAUAGCAUUACUUGCUUCCACGUCGGUCAGCCUGGGCGAGAGUGGUCUAAGCUAUCUGAACAGGAACGAAAAGAUACAGUACUGAAGCAGUUCAACGACGCUUUUGGUACCGUAGUUGAUGAGAUCCCUAAACCUGUCAACAUCAUCGAGAAGGACUGGCUAAAGGAUCCUUGGUUUUUGGGCGGCCCUAGCCCUGUGAUGACGCCUGGACUUCUGACUGGUGCUGGCAAGUCGAUUCGUGAUCCCUUUAGGAACAUUCACUUUAUCGGAACGGAGACCUCUAUUGUUUGGAAGGGGUACAUGGAAGGGGCUAUUAGAUCUGGUAUUCGAGGUGCUCGUGAGGUUGUUGAAGCACUUGACUGA